AGCCGAAGAUGUCGGCUCGGUCAUGUGAUCAGCUGUGUCCAAUCACAGCUGAUCCCAUGGGACAUGUACACUGAUCAUCAGGGCACUGAUGAUCGGUGUGCUCUGAUGAUCAGUGUAGCCCCAGCAGUGCCAUCUGUCAGUGUGCAUCAAUGCCAGCUGUCAGUGCCCAUCAAUGCCACAUAUCAGUGCCUACCAGUGCACAUCAAUGCCACAUAUCAGUGUCCAUCUGAGCUGCCUUUCAGUGUCACCUAUCAAUGCCAGUCAGUGCCACCUAUCAGUGCUGUCAAUCAGUGCCACCUAUCAGUGCCGCCUAUCAGUGCCAGUCAGUGCCACCUAUCAGUG